AGAGGCAGCAGGCCGCUGUGCCCUUCUUAGGAAGACUGGAUUGCCCCCUGGAUGGGGGACUGUAUAAGUGGUUUUGAUGUAACGUGCUACACUCAUUCAACAGGAUGGAGAGAUGUGCUGUGCCAGGCCAAACCAGAGACAGAGGAAAGCGAAGAGCGGCAAGGCUUGAUUAAGUACUAGUAGGCAGUCAGGGAGACUAACAAUUUGUGAGACAUGGCGGACAGGAUGGGAGGACACGAGCGUAACAUGCUCCAUGCUCUCAUGCUCCCCCAACCGCAGGGCGGCAGAUAUCCCACCAACAAUCAAGUGCACUCGCACAUGCGGCUGCCUGUCCACGUCUUCUUUGUCUUUUGCCAGUUGUCAAGUACGGAUGUCGUCGUCUUGGUCCAAGGGAUCAUCGUCGGACAAGGGUGCCGGAAGCACCCGGGGCGUCAGGGCGGGGAUACGAGCGGCAGACGCCGGGGGCCCGUUUCGUCCGUCGGCCGGAGUGGGGUUGGUAGCAGCCGGGGUCCGGGGGAGGCCAGCACGGUUCGUCCCAUCGAUAAUGUUCCUGCACGUGCCCAGACUUGGUAUUUACAGUGUGUAUGUAAAAGCCUCGUCGGUGCGAGUUCGAGUUGGCUGGGAUGGGAUUGGGAAGGUCUUCGGCGGUGUGGGUCCCACAGGUGGGCCCUGCAAGUAACGCUUGGGUAUGUCUGUCCACUUCCAAUCACGACCCAUGGCCUCCCAAUGCUGUGGAACAGUUCCAUUCACCGAUGGCUCCGUGUGCAUGGGGGUAUGCAAGGCGGUCAGCUGACGCCGUCAGUGAUCUAUCCAUGUCGACGACCUGUUCCCUGAUCCGGUGAGAGUGGCGUCAUGAUAAGAAACCGAGGCAUUCGAAUGCAUACAGGAGACCGUGGAUCCAUGUUCUUCAAAAAGCCACCGACAGCCUUGCGUACCUAGUUUCAGUAGUGUUCUCUCCUCACGACGCAUGCUUUGCUCCGGAGCGACUCUCGCUGAAAUUCGCAAAAAGCUUGGUCGUUAUGCGGUUUCCUUCCUCCAUCUAACUCUUGAAUAGAAACACGAUCCUCGCCAUUCGUCCCCUCGGAUUAUGCAAGGUGUAGAAAAGGGAGGCAGGGGGGCUCUUUGCGCGGUUUAUU